AUGAUUAUUAUAAAAAAAAGAAGGGCCUAUUACUUUACCUUUUUAACUAAUAAAGAGUUUAUUAUUAUUAUAAAAGCUAUUUCUAUUACUAAAGAUUAUAUACUAGCCUUUUUAAUCCUUAGUAGCUUUAUUUAUAUAGUUAAGUAA